AUGGCUCUACCAGUCUACCAACGAUACGAAAUUGUGUUUUUAUCUAAUCAUUCUCUGGGCCCACAGCUCAGUCAUGCGGCUGUGGCAAAAGAGAUUACUUGUAGCAAGUCUACGGUCAAAUAUUGGCUUCAGCGAUGGAAGCAAUCGAAAGAUUUAACUGACGCAAGCCGAUCAGGUCGACGUCGUAUGACUACCCCAAAACAGGAUCAGCGAAUUGUUUCACUCGCUGAAGAACAGACAUUCGUCACCAUCCAAGAUGUUGCACACCAGAUGAAGCGAAAACGAGUGGAGAUUAGUGAGCGCACAGUGCGACGACGCUUGAAAGAAGCUGGCGCAAAGUACAAUCGACCUCUCGCAAAACCUUUACUUACGGAACGUCGUCGAGAAAAUCGUUUGAAAUGGGCGCGAGAACAUCAAGCUGCGAACUGGGACCAAGUGAUAUUUUCCGAUGAAACCACCGUACGUAUGAAUCCCGUGAAAGGCCUGGUUUGGAACCUGCCAGGGAAGAAGAAGGUGGUUCGAACUGUCAAGCGUCCCAUCAAGGUCAAUGUUUGGGGUUGCUUCUCAAGCAAAGGUUUCGGUCGCGUCGCGUAUUUCCGAAAGAAUCUGGAUUCGAAGUUUCUCUGCGAUAUUUACCAGCGUGGUCUCUUACCUAUCGCUCGGAAACAGUUUGGUCCCGAUCCGACGUUCUGGAAGCUGCAGGAAGGUAACGAUCCGAAGCAUACCUCGAAACUAGCAACCAGUUGGAGAGCGAAGAAAGGAGUUGAAAAAAUUAAUUGGCCAUCGAUGUCACCCAACAUAGCGCCCAUAGAAAAUGUGUGGCAGCUCCUCAAAAUGAAAUUGAGAAAAAAAAACUUCAUAACUUAUGAGUCUUUGGUUUUGGCAAUCAAGCGUGAAUUGAAGGCUCUACCAUUAGACUUGGCCAUCAGGCUUGUACAUAGUACGAAAAAUCAAAUUUCCGAAGUUGUUGGAAGUCGCGGUGAUUUCAUACUGCGUUAG